UUUAGGCCCAGGCAGGUUUCUAUGGUAUCACCCAGAUAGGUAACAUCAAACUUGAUAAUGGAUUACUAACUGCAUUAGUUGAGAGAUAGAGACGUGAAACCCAUACCUUUCACUUCCGUAUUGGAGAGAUGACUAUAACACUAGAGGAUGUUGCAGUUUUAUUGGGUUUGAGGGUCGAUGGACCAGCUAUCACUGGUAGCAGUAUAUAUGAUUGGGAUGAUGUGAUGAUGCAAUUACUUGGUAGAGUGGCGACGAAUGAAGAACAGGAUGGGGCUUCUUUAUUGUUAUCCUGGUUGGUGGUGAACUUUGGUGAACACAAUCCUCCAGCAGAGGAUGCACCUGAGGUUGUUCUGCAACAGUAUGCCAGGGCUUAUAUCUUAGCAAUAUUGGGGAGCAUUCUUUUCCCAUCGACUAGGGGUGAUAGUAUUCCACUCAUUUUUCUACCGCUUCUAUCAAACCUUCAGGAGACUAGUUCGUAUAGUUGGGGAGGAGCAGUACUUGCAUGCUUAUAUCACAACUUGUGCAGAGGAUGUAUGAGUACUACUCGUACGAUAGGUGGUUGUAUCAUAUUACUUCAGUUAUGGUCAUGGGAGAGGUUGCACGUAUGUCGGCCACAGAUGCAUACAGGGGCUCCACCUACAUUUGGUCCAGACGAGCCACCCCGUCUACUUGGUGUUAGACGUACAUAUAGAAGAAAUCCAAGGCAAGUCCUUCUAUUUGCUAGAGAUGAGCUGGAUCAGCAAGAACCGAAUCAGGUACAGUGGAUGCCUUAUACAGCUGGGAGAUUGGCAGAUGCACUAGUAAUAUGUAUUAAUGGUAAUAGAAUAUGGAGAGCUGUAGUGCCAUUGAUUUGCUUUGAGAUUGUGGAGUUCCAAUUUCCAGAUCGUGUUAUGAGACAAUUUGGUAUAUCACAGCAUAUACCGACUCCCGUGGAUACAAACGAAAGUUUACAUGAUCUGAAUAGGAGAGGGAAGGAUAAUGUUGAUUGGGUGGUCAAGAACGCUACAUGGUUGGCAUAUUGGGAUGAUAGACUAUCUCAUAUCGCACAGGAGCGAUUCCCUCGCAGGAGCGUUGACGAGCAUAUGCACUGGUAUUACUCUAUCACCCGACGGGUUAUUAGUGCUCCAUCUAUAGAUAGGCCACAAACAGAUUUGGAGUAUGCGCCAUGGGGGAGUCGGCUACGACGAGUGGCUGCUUUGGCAUUGGAGGGAGCAAAAAAAGUUGUUGCUGCAAUGCGUGAUGCAAUUAAUGAUUCUACUGUUGCCAUUGCAAAUAAUUGGUUGGGCAAUUGCCGUGACAUUCUAGACGAGGUUGGUGAGGGACAUCGAUUUGAAGAGGCUAUAAGCCAUGAUGUUGAAGCUACACCCCACCAUGAGGGUAGAUAUCCUGGAGGUCCAUCACACCGACGUGGUCACAUUCCCCAUGCAACUGACUUUACUAUGCAUCCAUCCCAGUUGACGCAUGAUGAGGUUGGUCCAUCCACUACUCCCGCCUCAUGGAGUAGGCACAAGACUAUAUGAUAUUUGUCUUUACUUGAAUCAUAUGACAAUUUAUGUGUUUAUUUUUACUGUGUUAUGAUGAUGGUUUGUUUAUUUUAGAUCAAAGGAUUAGUAUAUGUAUGUAUUUUGCUGGAUAUGAA